AUGAGCGAGGUGGAAAUGGUUGAUGCCUCUGUGGAACAGGACUUGGUCUUGCAAGAGUUUUACGAAAAAUUGGAGAUUGUACAAAACGCUUCCACCAACUCAGAUUCAAAACUUAUUCUCAAAGUUCUUAGAGAAUUGCCACCACUUAGAAAGAAAUUGUCCAAAGAUAUUCUUGUAACGAUCAUUGACAAAUACUACCAGGACUCUGAUUUCCAAAAAAGUUAUUUAUUGAAAUACUUGGCCGCGACCAGUAAACAAUCACAGCCAUCUACCGAAGAAUUGACCCCGGAAAUUGACUUAUUCAUCCAUUUAUUGGCACAAUUGUACUUGCACGACAAAUCCAGUCUUGCCGGGUUGGCGAAACUCAACCAGAAAAUCAUUGAAUUGUUCAAAUCUUACAGUAAAAGAAGUUUGGAUUACUUGCAAGCCAAGAUUUGGUUCUACAUCCAACGUACCAGUGAAUUACUCGAUAUUAAGGCCAACACCACCGCCACUACUGAAACUUGGCCUCAUUUGGUAGAAACCCGCCACCAUUUGUUGUUGUCCCUUAGAACCGCCACCCUCAAACAUGACCAUGAAACCACCGCGUCGAUCAUCACUUUGUUGCUUCGUAACUAUUCAUUGACCAACGACAUUACCCAGGCGAUCAAUUUCGUGUCGAAGAUCGAGUUCCCAGAAAACUGCGGUAAUAACUUGUAUGCCCGGUACUAUUACUAUCUUUCGAAAAUCCACGCGAUCCAAUUGAAUUACUCCACCGCGUUAAGUUAUAUCAUCAAUUCUAUUAGAAAAGCUCCUCAGUCACAAUACGUGAAGGGUUUUUUGGUGAGCGCUCAGAAAUUGAAGAUCGUUAUUGAGUUGUUGAUGGGGGAUAUUCCAGAAUUGACGAUUUUCACCAACCAACAAUACCAACAGCAUUUGAAACCGUACAUGGAAAUCACCAAGGCCGUGAGAUUGGGGGAUUUGGGAUCGUUCAACAAAGCGUUGGAGACUUAUAGUGGGUCAUUCAUUAGAGACAAGACUUAUAAUUUGAUUUUGCGAUUGCGUAAGAACGUGAUCAAGACAGGGAUCCGUCUCAUUUCGUUGUGUUACAAGAAAAUCUCAAUUAGAGACAUUUGUAUCAAGUUGAAAAUGGAUUCUGAGGUAUCUACCGAAUACAUUCUUAACAAAUUAAUUAAAGACCAUAUCAUCGAAGCAGGGUUGGACAAUAAAGAGUCGUACAUGAAAUCAAGAGAGUUUUACAAUGUUUAUGAUUCUGAAGUGCCAGCGGCGGAAUUCAAUAAGAGAAUCGAGGCGAUCAACGCGAUUAAGAAAUCGUUUGUUAAAGAAAUGAAUUAUCCAGAGAGUAAGAACCGGUUCAAUUCGAAGGACAUUUUGGAAUACGAGCAAGAAAUGGAAUUGAUUCGUGCUGGUGAAGAUACAGACUUUGACGAUUUUCUUUGA